AUGCCACCAACAACAUUGCACAUGGACAUUACAGGCCUUCCUCCAGACGUAAUAUCAUUAUAUGAUGAAUCUUUCUAUGAAUUAGCUCGUAAACUAGCUGGUCCCAUAGAAGCCGACUUACUUGAACUACAAGGAAUUCGUAGUGCUUAUUCAUUGAUUCAUACUGAAGACAUAUUUGAUAUUUUGAAGUAUGAAUGCAAAGCAUUAGAUCAAAUUAAAAAAAGGCUUGCCUUCUAUUGGACGAUAAUCGAUACAUCAUCAAACCUGGGUGUAAAACAAACGUCAAACGAUGAUAAUAAUAAUAAUAAUAAUACAUUAGCAUCUCAAUCAUCAGCACAAGUUCUACCUACGUCUUCACCAUUAUCACCAACUACGGCAACAGAAACACCAGGUUUGUAUAUGCAAAUAUUUGGUGUAAUAAUUUAUCCAAUUUUAGUCACAA